ACGACUACCAAGGGCAGCAGCACCAAGGGCAGCAGCACCAAGGGCAGCGGUACCAACAAGAGCACCACUAUCAACGCCAAAGCGGCCAAGAAAGCAGUCGAUCCUGUGCUCCCAGCUGCAAGCCGCAGAGCUCUUCGCUCUCUCCGCAGCCCAGGGGCUCAUCCACCUGGUAUCCUCGCCGCAAGCUGACCUGAUAAGAGCACAAGCUGCGUCUAGAGGGGCGGUUGUUGUGGUGAAAGAGAGUGCUGUGCCAGCUGAAAGUGUGCCGAUGAGUGAAGAGUCCCUGGGUCUGCUCUAUUGCGCCAUCCCCAAAGCCGCGUGCACGAGCUGGAAGAUGUGGCUGCGGCAGCAGCGCAACGACUCCGACGCCCACAACCCGCGCUCCACGCACCUCCCAGCACGCUCCCACCUCCCGGUGCUGUGGUUCGGCAUGGCCGAGCCUGAGGCCAUACGUGCGGUGACGCGGCGGGACCUGGUGCGGUUUGUGUUUGUGCGGCAGCCGUUCUCGCGAGCGGUGUCCGCGUUUGAGAACAAGCACGUGCAGGCGGAGGGAGGGGGGCGGGGCAAGAGACGGUUCUGGUCGCUGGCCUUUUUCCAGCAUCUAUUCUGGACCAGCGGCUCCACCCACCGCCCCUUGCCCUGGAGGGAUCUCCUCUCCGCACACCUCUCGUCUCUCUCUUCUUCCACUUCCCCCUCCUCUCCCUCCCCCCUGUCGUUCUCCUCCUCCACCCCUCACAACUCCUCCUCCUCCCACCCCUCCUCCACCCCUGCACUCUCUCUCACUGACCUGCUGCGUCUGCAAGUGGGUGGCAAGCUGUCGUUUGAUGAGUUUGUCUCUUUGCUCGAGGCGGCAAGAGCAGCGGAUGGCGAACACCUGAUGGACAACCACAUAGCGCCCCAGUCUCUCCUGUGCGGCCUGGAUCACAUAAAGUACGACUUUGUGGGGCGCUUUGAGCGCAUGGAACGGGACGUGGCAGCGCUGUUGGCUCUGCUGGGGAGGGAUGCCGGGGAUGCAUUUGCCUUCGGGAAGAGCGUGCACCCCACCAACUCCUCCAGCCGCUUGCUCGAGAUGUUCAAAGACAAGGAGACGUACAUGAGAGUGAAACGGGUUUACUCCAUUGAUAUGCACUCCUCUCUUAACAAUAUUCACUAUAAGCCCCCAGCUGAACUGGCUACUAGGUUUGAAAGCACUUAGCGGCAACUACCGGCACGGGGUUAGGGACAAAAUAAUAGAGUACGUAUGAGAACAGAUUGAUUAGGAGCUCAGUAACUAACAGGCAC